AUGAGGGAGAUGAGGAAGGGAAGGGUGGAUGCGGAUCACUUGCCCCUCUGCCUCGAAGUACACGAUGCUGAAAGUAGAGCGGAGCAGGAGUGCGGAGCGCAAAUGAAAAAAAAGGUUUGUUCAUGGUCGGAAGAAGAUACAGCGAAAUUCCAGCAGGCGGCAGAAGAUUUGUGCGAAGAAUGCAUAGUAACGGAGAAGGAUUCCGUACAGAAAAUUUGGGAUGGAAUCAAGAGUAUAGUAGACAGAUCUGUUACAAAAAAGGAGAUCAAGUACAAGGUAUGGAGGUUAGGCGAAAGAAAGUGGUGGGAUAGUGCAUGUAGGAAGAGGAAAAGAAAAGUGAAGAGGGCGUAUUAUAAAUGGAGAAAAAAUUUGGUAGGAAAAGUAGUAUAUUUGAAAGAGAGAAGGGAAUGGAGGAAGAUGUGUGAAGAUAAGGCAGCUAACCUUAAGGAGAUGGAAGCAGCACAACUUAGGAGCAUCAAGCACGAAAAAGAUGUGUGGAAGUUCUUAGGCGCUGGUAAAAAGAAAAAUUUUGUUGAGAAUGACAUUUCAAUGGAUGCAUGGAAGGAAUAUUUUAGAGUUCUCAUUGAGGGUAGCUGUGAGAGAAUGGUGGGAGCAAGAAGGAAAUUGGAGGCAGAGGAUACUGAAAGUCUAAUGGAGGAGGAGGUAAUAAUGGCGAUUAAUUCGUUAAAAAAAAGGAAGGCAGCUGGUUGCGAUGAUAUUUCGAAUGAAGUCUGGAAACACGGUGGACCAAAAUUAUCCAAAAGAUUGAUGUUUAUGUUAAAGAAGAUAUGGGCGGGAGAAGGUUUGCCCGAAGAUUGGAAGUUGGCGGUAGUGGUCCCGCUUUACAAGAAAGGUGACGUCAACGAGGAAAAAAAUUAUAGGGGGAUCUCCUUGCUGCCGACCUCAUAUAAGGUGUACACAGAAGUAUUGAGGUGUAGACUGCUGAGGGAGGUGGAGGCGAAAGGAAUUCUCCCGGAAGGGCAGGCCGGAUUUCGUAAGGGGAGGUCUACUAUGAAUAACAUUUAUAUCCUGAAUCAUGUGGUUCAAACGGCAAGGUCUAAGAAAGAAAAAGUUCUUGCAAGCUUCGUGGAUCUAACUGCGGCUUUUGAUACGGUUAAUAGAGAGAGGCUAUGGGAGGUGAUGAAGGAGGAAGGCAUGAGCAAAGGUUUAAUUGAAAGAGUGAAAGAACUAUAUGAAGAAACGAUGGUUACGGUAAAAGUGAACAAUACGUACUCCGACAAAUUUUGGAGUACGAAAGGUGUGAGGCAGGGGUGCGUGCUGAGCUCGAUCCUGUUUUGCAUUUAUAUAGCUGCUUUAGAAAAAGAAUAUAAAAAUAGGAAUGUAGGUGGGGUAGUUAUUGGGGGAAUAAGGGUAUGGUCGUUAGCUUAUGCGGACGAUCUAGUCCUACUAGCAUUAAACAGUGAGGCAAUGUUAGAUAUGUUGGGGGUAUUAAAGAGGUUUUUGGAAGGCAGAGAUCUGAGUCUAAGCGUAGUAAAGACAAAAAUUCUAGUGUUCAAUAAGGGCAGGAACAGUGGGAAAGAAAAAUGGCUGUACAAGGGAGAGGAGAUGGAGGAGGUUAAAUCCGUUAAAUAUUUAGGUCUAAGCACAAUGAUUGUUAACCAAGGAUUAAACUCUGAUAGGGAUAUUAUUGCGGAAAUCAGUCAAAGGAUGAAAGAUAUAGAAAGGCAGGUAUUGGAUAGUAAAAUUAGGGAAUCUAGAUAUAAUACUAGAUACGCGAGUAUCAUACCCAAAGAAGUACUGAAGUACCUGACUAGAUGUAGAAAAGAAAGAGAAGAGGUUUGUACGAACUAUUGGCCUAUCAGCAGAAAUUAUCCAGCUACCAAUGACAUCUUCGCCAAAGGCUUCUUAUUUGUCAGACAUAGAAAUGUUGUGAAGGAGAGAAAAGUAGUGUACGAACCUAUGACCCAUGACAAGGGUAAUGGUCAAUCUGGCUGUAAACUACCUCUUCAUCGAAAUCUUGAUAGUACUAAAGUUUAA